UAGGCUGCAAGUAUUAUUUCUUUGGUAAUUAAUGCCCCACUGUACCCUAAAAAAAAUGUGUUCUGUUUUUGUUUUUUGUCUCAUUAACUUGUUUAACGUGAGUUUCCAGUUGCAGAGCUGAAAUCUGUUUUUGGAAUGCUGACAAACUCAGGUUCCCCAGACUGUAAAGAGAGGGCUGGACCCUGGACAUGGUUAUUUUACUAAGGCAAUUACUGUGAGAGCCUCAUGGGAGGCAUUUUCUGAGCAGGUGGAAACUCAGCUUUGCUACCUCUGUAUUUUUCCUGGUUUCCAUACAGUUGUCAGCAGCUAAGUAACAUUCUAUUAAGUGCCUUUACCACAGUCCACUUAACCAUUUUCUUUUUAUAGGCUAUUUAGAUUAUUUCUAUGAGCACCUUUUUUUAAAUAUAAUUUUUUUUAUAUUGGGGAACAGUGUGUUUCUCCAGGACCUGAGUCAAGCAGCCAUUUCAAUCUAGUGGAGGGCGCAUCUCAGUGGCCCAUGUGGGAAUCGAACCAGCAACCUUGGUGUUAUAAGCACUGCGUCUAACCAAGUGAGCCAUCUGGCCAUCCCUAAAUAUCCUUUUUUUUCUGUUUUGCCUUAUUUCCUUAUAAAUAAAGGUAUCUAGUUCACCAAUUUCUGAAUAAGUUUCUUUUGUUUGUGUGGCACACAUGGAAACUUUGUGGAAAAAAGAGAAAUCUACUUUUCCGUUGUCCCAAUUAAGUAGUGAAAUUGCAUUUACAUAGAAAUUUAUGGGUGAAAUUCCAUUGUAUUUAAUAGCAUCCGAUUGUACUUUAUUCUAUCUCUGUGUUGGAUAUCUCAUGCUACCUGCUGAUUAUACACCCCAAACUGAAAAAUUCUGUGUAACAAAUAUAUGCCAGGCCAUGUUCCAUUCAGUAACAGUGAUGUUUUGCUGUUACUUGUAUACUUUUAGCAAUAGAAAAAGGAUACUCUGCAAGCAAGGACUGUCUAAGGGAGACAACUGAUGAGUUAAGAGAGAAGAGGACCUGGAACUUAACUGUGGGAAACUGCAGUGUUUAAAGAACAAACAGAAGAGGAACUGGGCCUAUCAGUGGGUGGGCAAGAGAACCAGGAGGCAAGGGCUGGGCCAUCCAUUCCCUCACCCUAUCACUAAUAAUUAACACGUCACUAAUCGACAUAAGUUUUACAAUUUAGUUUUCAGAAAGCGCUCCUUGAAAAUUCUUACUUUCUGAAGAGGAGGCAUUCUGAAUAUCAGGUUGUGAAAAGCCUUGAGUGCUGUGCUAGCUACUCUUGGCCAGGCAGUGGGGAGUCCACUGAGUGUUUUGUAAGCAAGUCAACAACAGAUCACAUUAAUGUUCUUGAUAAAUCCCUCAUUAGCUUUGUGGGACAUGUGUUGGAGUUGGGGGAAGGGACCUGCUAAGAGAGAGGGUAGUGUAUGAUGUCAGCAGUAGCAGUGGCAGGGCUGUGGGCAGAGUCAGGAGGCAGAGUCAGCAGGUAAGGUUGGUGACAGGUGGAAAGGGAGAGGCAGUAGUUCAGGGUGACUUCACAUUUUAAUUUACCUGGCUAGCAGCAUAGUGCCAACAAAUGAGAUGGGUAAUAGGAGAAGAAAAGCAGGUUUGAGCAAUGCUGAGUUUGGGGAGCCAAUAGAAUAUCCAGUCAGGAAUGUCCAUUAGGCAGUUCUGGAUAAAUGGAUAUUUGAAGCUGAGGAGAGAGUCUGGGAUAUAAAUUUGGAAAUACUUAUUUGGAAUUGAUGCAUCCUUGUUUUUCUUAUCUCAAAAUUAUUUUGCUGCUGUUAGUAUAUCUUUAUACCUCUAACAUUUUACACACUGAUUAUAUCCCACCUGGGAUCAAUAUCUCUAUCUGUCUUAUUUUUUGCUGUACUUAGGAUUCUUUCUACCUGUUGGUAUGUUUAGUUCCACUAAAUGAUUCUUUAUCUUAGAUCGUACAGUGCUUUUUUCCCCCAUUGGAAAGUGUUCCUUACCUCUAAAGUCUUUUCCUUUUAAUAUCCAGAGAAGAUGAUUACCAUGCUAUUUAGAGAAAAAUAUUCAAAGUUCUUUAAGAAUGCCUUUAUUAUAUUCAUCUGUGUUUAUAGCAGAAGGGGUAAAUACAUGCCGAAUAUUUUUACUCCUCUAGGCACUACUGCUUUGGAGCCAUUACUUUGCUUCUUAACCUUGAAUGAUAUACUUUCAUCAGAAAUAUACAUUAUAACACUUUUCUUAUGUAAAUAAAAGCCAUUAAACCGCUCUCUAUGGAUCGGUGAGGUCUACAUUGAUAUUGUUUGAAUAUACAGAAGCAAUUUUUAAAUUUUUACCUACAUACUCAUACACACAUUUCUAGGUUCAGAUUUCUGAUUUGCUAUGUUACCAUUUUGUGCUGUUAGGUAGAUCGUUUAACAUAUUUGAAAACUUUAGUUGCCUGGCAUGUGGGAGGCAUGCAUAAUAUUUUUCAGUGUGAAGGAAUUUAUGGUAUGACCAAACUUUUGUUUUCCCCCUUCUAGAUGUUACUAUUCAUGAAGAUCAUUGGGUUGGUGAGAAAAUACUACAAUCAACAUUUACCAGUCAGUUAUUAAACCUUGGUAGUUAUUCAUCUGUCCAGCCUGAAGAAUAGGCAUUAUAUAGUUAUAGAGGACAGAAGCAAAGGAAAGUUAUGUUAACGGUGGAACAGGCCCAUGGUCAACAUUAUGCGCUUGUAUUAUGGGGUCGUGGAGCAGCCUGGUACCCUCAACUUCAAAGGAAAAAAGAUUACAUUUGGGAAUUUAAGUAUCUUUUCGUUCAGCGCAAUUGCAUCCUAGAAAACCUAGAAUUGCAUACAACGCCUUGGUCAUCCUGUGAGUGCCUGUUUGAUGAUGAUAUAAGGGCAAUUACAUUUAAAGCAGCAUUUCAAAGCAGCAUGCCCUCUUUUGUGAAGAUGUCAGAUUUAGCAACACAUCUAGAGAAUAAGUAUUCAGGAGUGAUUCUAAUCAAAGCCCGGAUUUUAGAGCUAGUGUUUCCUACUACAACCGCUCAGAACGUAGUUCUCAAUGCUCGCAGUUCUCUGAAGAGCAUUUUCUCUUCUCUUCCCAACAUGAUAUAUAUUGGCUGUGCUAAAUGUGGAUUGGAACUAGACACAGAUGAGAACAAGAUCUACAAACAGUGUUUGAGCUGUUUGCCAUGUACUAGCAAGAAAACAUACUACAGGCCAGCUUUAAUGACCAUAGUUGAUGGAAUAUAUAAAGUCUACAUCCAUGUAGGAUCGAAGCUCAUAGAGAAGAUUCUUCUCAACAUUUCUCCUGACUGGCUCAACAAAGUUAUAGGUAAGCUAUCAACACAUUGUCGAGAGGUUAUUCUUGGUGCAAGCAUUCAUUUUGGGAGUGUAUUUUGGAACAGAAAGAACACAAGACUGUAAACUAAGGGUUUUUUUCUGUCAGUAUAA